UUAAACUUUUCUCAUUAAAGUAUUAAAUGAAUGUGAAACUCCACAGCUUCCAUUCCAGGAUUGGCUAUUCUAACUAUAUAGACGUUCAUUGAGGUUGUACCGACUUUGAGUCUGGUUAAUUUCGGUGUGUGAUGUUUUAUUUCUAAGUUUUAUAUGAAGCAUGUGGUCUUGAAAGCACCCUAUCUUACAUACCAGAAUUUUCUGUAGACUUUGUAACUAUAAUUAAUAUAGAUACUUCCUAGUUAAUGUCACUAAUCUGUGGGAAAAUAACAUUCUGUUUUUACUGCCUUGUGCAUCAAAGCUGCUUAUAUACAUAGUAAAGAUGAUGCAGCGCAUGCUCACUAUAACUUGUAAACCCUUCAUGUAUGUGUCAUCUGCGGUCACAACCCCUGACCAAAGCAUAGUCCAUGGUGAAAUGUUGCCAUCUGCAUUUGGGAGGUGGAAGCAGAGAGUCAGGAGUACAAGGUUAUCCUCCGCUUAGAGACUUAAGGUCAACCUAGGCUAAAUGAGCCAUGUCAAAACAUACUUUAAAACAAUAACUUAUGACUGCACUAAAUGUAUUUUAUGGUUCCUGUUAUCUGACUUAGUACCAGCAACCAGACAGAAAUCUAUCCAAUUGACGUUUUGCUGAUUUUCAAAAAUUCUACACAUGGUUGAGAAGUUCUGUUGACUCUGUUUGACAUAGAAUUUAAUAUUUUUCUUGCUAACUUACUUUUGUUAAAGUCAUUCAAUUUUGGAGAUUAGAUACUUGGUUUUAUUUGCUAUGUGGGGAAAAAUUCUCUUCUUUGCUUUGCUUAAUUUGCAGAGAACAUUCAUUACUUUUGGAUAUUAAUCUUUGUUAGUUUCUGUCAUGACCUCAUGCUGCUUUCUUGUGUUUUUUCCUGAAUGCUUCCAGUCUGUGCUCCUUUCCAUCUCAUUUGGGACUUCUAUAAUUUCCCCGUUUUUCCACUCUGCAGUUGUGACUGAUGCAGCCCUCCAUGAUUUACAUUCCUCUCUGUUUCUAUGCAGCUUUAAUGGCUUGCCCAGUUUACACAACAGGUUCAACAGUGUGUGGAACACUUCUUUAUAGUUAGCCAGAACAGAACUCCAGCUCUGCAUGUGGACAGUGACAACCACGUCCUCCAGUGUCCUUCACAUCCAGCCAGUAAACUGCUAAUGAGGGAUUUCUUCCUCUUCUCAGGAGGAGUCGGGUCUCCCACGGGGUGCAUUCCUGUCCUUUUCCUUACAGGCUUUUGUCUUUGUAUUCCAAUGCUUGUGUAAACGAUGAUAUGAGGGAAAGAGUUACUAAGGACUUACUCAUUUUGGAAACUCAUAUAGUGACGUUGUGUUAGACGUGUUGUACUUGGAAAACUCCGAAGGGAAAGUUUGCAGGAUGAUGACAUUCAUUUCUGGUGAUCUAUGUGACAAAUGUUAGAGAAUAUGGAGAGAAGAUACAGAAGUUAUUUGUAUAGAUUCGAAUAAGAGACAGAAAUAUAUGCAAGGAAUGAAAAUGAGAAGCACAGACUUUCAUCAUCUUCUCCUUUUGGUUUAUAAAUGCUUCUGUGUUUGAGUCUAUCCAUAGUUGUUUUCAAAUGCAGUGACAUAUUUUGAGUUGAAAAAUAAAAGUAUGUGUCAGAUUGUCUGGCAGAUUCUUUCAAAUACAUGCAGUUAUUAUCUUCUUUAUGUAGAUAGCUACAUAAAAUAAAUCAGAUGGAUGAAAGAAUGAACCCCUACUGUUGACAAGAUGGACUGCACUUAAUAUUUUAUUAGGAACAUGGAGUAACAUUGUAGUGAAAGUUUAAAAUCACUGUUACAUUUACACAUUGAACGUACAGAAUAAAGCAUGUGCUACUUCUUUAGAAACUAAUAUGUUGUCUAAACAAGUAUUCCAUGUUUCAAAUAAAGACAUUAGCUAUGGUCUCCCAUACCAUUUUCAGUGUUUGAAAUAUAUGCUCUGAGUCAUAGUAUUGCAAAAUGUGUUGACUAAAAAUGAGAAUUAAUGAUAGCUGCAUGUAAGUUGCAUGUGAGUCAAGAGCUGGGCCAGAGACCUGUGGGUUGACUACUUUAUCAUAAUCCUGGUAUGUUAAGGUAGCAUGUUCUCUAAUCCAUAGACAUUCUAUGUCCAAAAAUGGAAUCAGAAGUAGCUAGAAGUUAAUUGGGAAUCCAGCCCUCUCUUUGUGUCUAGCUUUGACUUCCCCAUAAGCUCCCGGCACUGAGGAUUGUUAGGUAUCUAUGUCAGAGUAGCUCUGAGGGACACAGACAUGAUAUGCAGGAGUUCUUAUGACUUCUGCUCGCUCCAUUCUGUUGAUCUAGACUUGUGUCUAGGACCAACCUUCAUUCAAAAGAAGGAAAGCUGAACUUCACCUUCUGACUGGUGGCCCUCUCAUAGGUAAAGAACAGUGGAGGAUGGGUUUCUCACCUGUUACUUGUUGAGAUGCUUUCAACAGAGUCUCAUUUUCUUUUCAUAAGAAAUGACUGGGUAAGGUGGCACACACCUUUAAUCCCAGUGCUUGGGAGGCAGAGGGAUUUCUAUGAGUUUAAGGCCAGCCUCAUUACAUAAUGAGUUCCAGGACAUCCAGAACUACAUAGUGAGACCUUAGGGCUCUGUUGGUCCAAAGUCCUCCUCCUCUUGCUGUUUAGAUAGAAGACUGUUUCCCAUAUAGAGGUUUCUCUUCACUGCAGCUCCUCCAGGCUCGGGGACAAGCCUUUUGUUCUGUGGCCUUCUCCACUCGCUCUCCAGGUCUGUUGGGAGCAGCUACGAAGCUUUGUUUGUGUAUCAUGCGUGUUCGUUUUAUCCACCAUGUGUGAGGUAUCAGCUUUGCCGGCUGCUGCUUCUGCUGAGAUAACCCAGUGGGAUUUUACAGAAGUGCCUUCUGGGUGAGGAGCCACUGUCUGCCCCCUCAGGAUUCUUGCUUACAUAACUUGCUUAGCCUUCUGUGACUCUCUUUAGUGUUGUCUAGACUGGAGUUUGGGGAAAGUCUUAGUUGGUGUCCAUCGCUUAUUUCACAUAAUGUAAGCUUAAAGACCUCAUUUCUUAAAAAUAUUUUUCUCUUUUAUGUGUUUCUGGUUUGAUUUUUUUUAAGCGACUUCUUCACAUAUCACAGGCUAACUGUGAACUCCCUAUGCAGAUGAGACUGACCUUCAACACCUACAGCUUCCAAGAACUCAGAUUACAGACAUGUGACAUCCUUUUGGUUUCCUUCUUUUCCUUUAUUCUGUGUGUGGUGUUCCAUAAAUUCUUUACCCUCUCUUCAGGUUGGUUUUUAUUUUUUGUUUUUGUUUUGUUUUUCCUGUCUUUUCUUUUUCUUUCCUCAUUGUGUCUGCAUGUAUGUCUAGGACCUCCAUGCUGUGCCUAAGCAGGAGGGGAAUUCAAGAACCCUUGCACCAUGGGUACCAGGGUUCCACUUCAGGUGGUUAGACUGGGCUUUUACCUGCCGAGUCACCCCACAGGCCUUCAGUAUUUUUAAUGUCUCUCUUCAUGCUCUUUAACCUCUGGCAGGCUUCCUGUUUGCUGAGGUUCCUUCGGCCAGACCCUUCCUACGGUUCUCUCCUGUACUGUUUGCCCCUCACUACGGCAUUUUCUGAUCUGUCCUUGUGCUUUUCAUAUGCAUGGUUGGUUUCCUAUUUUAUGUCUGCAGAUAUUUUCUUACCUUUUUGUUUGGUUGUCUGAAUUCUCCUUUAGGUCAUUACCACAGGGAGGGUGUUCAGGGCAUCUUUGGAGUACUUUGUUUUUCUUGAUCUGGUUCAUGUUUCCUAACUGUAUACUUUAUGAUGCUUAUUGAUCUUUGGUCUUUGAGAAUAACAGUGACCACCCGUCGUGAGCUUGAAUUUAUAGGACCUUCAAAUGUGUUGUAAGAAAUUGAAUGCCUUUCUACUCUUAACCCGAGAAAGGAACCAGGAAAUUGGAGGCUACCCUCCAAACCAUGCCUUGCUGGUCCUCACAUGAGUAGUAUGUGGAAAGCAGAGCAAGAUGGCUUUUCCUAAGCAACUAGUUGGCUUCAUAUAUUGAAUCCAUACAGUAAAGGGAAAUGAUUAACAGAAAGUUAUCAAAUUAAUAAAAAUGUAGAGUGAAGCUCAAAAGAAAUCAUAAGUGGAAAUAAUACAGGAAUCAAUAACUAUAUCAUUCUUGUUCUUAAACACCUGUCUCAGUGGUGUCAUUAAAAUGAGCAGAAUUACCAUCCUCCUAGGGUGCAUGCUCUACACAGUUGUACAUUUCCCUGUUGUCAGAGCUGCUUUUCUAAGGUUACUUCCUGUUUUUACUGAUACUGCAGCAAGUGUAAAUAUUAUUUUACUAGGUUUGUUUUUCUGACCCUUUAGCAGCUUCCUUUGCUCAUUUCAGUUACAAAGCUGACCUCAAUAGUCUUAUAGCAUGAAUACUUCAACUUUACUUUAUAUUCCCGUUUCUGUGGUUUCACAGUCACACAAACAUGGCUGAAAACUGAGUUCUGUAAUUUACUUGAUUUUUUGACAAUGAAAUUAUGGUGCACAUGUUUACAGUGUGAAACUGUUCAGUCACACAAAACGAUGAAAUCCUGUAAUUUGGGUCAAUAUGGAAGAGCCAGGAAAUUAUUACUUUAGGUAGAGAAAGACAAGUACACAAGAAUUUUAACUUAUAGAAGUUGGAGAAAUAAUGUUUGUUUCCCAUCAAUCAGUGACAUCAGGAAAGGUAGUCAUUGGAAAAUGUUGACGAGUCAGUGCUCUUAUAUAGUUAGAAGGAAAAAGCUAUGACAAAUGUUGCCCAGAAUGGUGACUAUAAGUAACCAUUUUGUAGUAUAUUACAGAAGAUGAGAAAACAGAGUUUUUGUUUGUUUUGUUCAGUUUUUUUUGAGACAAAGUAUCUCUAUAUAAUCCUGGCUGCCCUGGAACUCACAGAGAUCCACCUGCCUCUGCCUCUCAAGUGCUGGGAUUAAUGAUGCGAACCACCACACCUGUCCUAAGGACUUUGGACAUUUUAAACUUAAAAAUUAAAUGUUUGAGGAAAUGACCACUCUAAAAUUGAUAUAAAGACAAAUGCACAUUCUACCUAUAACAAUAUUACAGAAUACCCCCUUUAACAUGCAAAUCUCUGAUUUUCUAUUAUGUAACCAUAGGAAAAAAUAAUGUAUUGCUGUCAUUGACCAUUUGAGAACUUUAUGCAAUGAGAUGAAAAGCAACUCAACACUAAAAUGUAAAAAAAUAAAAAUAAGGUGCUGUGGGAUGUUCUGAAUGGCAAAUGUGUUGCUCUGAUUGGUUAAUAAAUAAAACACUGAUUGGCCAGUAGCCAGGCAGGAAGUAUAGGUGGGACUAACAGAGAGGAGAAUUAAGGAAACAGGAAGACAGAGGGAGAGACCUGCCAGCCGCCACCAUGACAAGCAAGAUGUAAGGAAAUGCUGUCAUUCAGGGAUGUGGCCAUUGAUUUCUCUGCAGAGGAGUGGGAAUGCCUGGGCCCUGCUCAGUGGAGUCUAUACAGGGAUGUGAUGCUGGAGAAUUACAGCAACCUUGUGUUCCUGGGGCUUGCUUUCUCUAAGCCAUACCUGGUCACCUUUCUAGAGCAAAGACAAGAGCCUUCAGAUGUGAAGAGACAAGCAGCUGCCAUACAAACAGAUAUAAAACCAUAUAAAUGUAAAGAAUGUGGCAAAGCCUGUGAUUGGGACUCACUCCUUGAAUACCAGAGAAUUCAUCCAGGAGAGAAAGCCUUCAAGUGUGAAGAGUGUGAUAAGGCUUCCGAGUCUUGCUCAGUACUUUCUGAACACCAGAUAAUUGAUACGGGAGAGAAAGCCUACAAGUGUGAAGAAUGUGGCAAAGCCAUUUGUACUUGCUCAGGACAUUCUAGCUACCAGAGAAUUUGUAUUGGAGAGAACCCCUACAGGUGUGAAGAAUGUGGAAAAGCCUUUCCCACUUAUUCCUGUCUUACUGAGCACGAGGUAGAACACACUGAACAAAAAUUCUAUAGCUGUGAAGAAUGUGGGAAACUGUUUUAUUGUCAUUCUCACCUUACGGAACAUCAAAGAAUUCAUUUUCAAGAGAAUUCCUUUAAGAUUGAAGUAUGUAGCGAGGACUUUUGUUCUCCCAUAGAACUUUCUAACGACCAGAGGUUUUGUACCGAAGAGAAGGCCUACAAGUAUGAAGAAUGUGUUAAGGCCUUUAGUGCUUGCUCAGUGCUUUCCGAUCACCCAAGACUUCACCCAGGAGAGAAAGCCUACAAGUGUGAAGAGUGUGGCAGUGCCUUCUGUGCACUCCAUUCAGUCUCUAAACAGCUGAAAAUUGAUUGUGAAGUGAAGUCCUACAAGUGUGACGAAUGUGGGAAAGUCUUUCCUAGUCAUCUUUCCCUGAUUCAGCAUAAGAUAGGCCAUACUAGAGAGAAACCUUACCAAUGUGAAGAAUGUGGCAAAAUGUUUUACUGUUCUUCAAACCUUAAGCAACAUCAAAUAACUCAUUCUCAAGAGAAACCCUACAAGUGUGAAGUGUGUGGCAAGGUCUUUAGAACUUGCUGGCAACUUUCUAAACACCUGAGAAUCCAUUCUGGAGAGAAACCAUACAAGUGUGAAGAGUGUGGCAAAGCGUUUUAUACUCUCUCAUACCUUACUCAUCACAAAUUAGGUCAUACUGGGGAGAAACCUUACAAGUGUGAGGAAUGUGGCAAGACCUUUUACUAUCCUUCAGUCCUUAAGGAACACCAAGCAAUUCAUUCUGGAGAGAAACCAUACAGGUGUGAAGAAUGCGGCAAGGACUUCUGUACACGUUCAGGACGUUCUAGACACCAGCGAAUUCAUACUGGAGAGAAACCCUACAAGUGUGAGCAAUGUGGAAAGGCCUUUUCUACUCAUUCAUACCUUUCUCAUCACAAGAUAGUUCACACUGGCCAUAAACCCUACAAGUGUGAGGAAUGUGGCAAAAAGUUUUACUAUCCUUCUCGCCUUAAGGAACAUCAAAGAAUUCAUUCUCAAGAGAACCCUUACAAGUGUGAAAUCUGUGGCAAAGCCUUUUAUACUCACUCAUACUUUACUCAGCACAAAUUAGGUCAUACGGGAGAGAAACCUUACAAGUGUGAGGAAUGUGGCAAAACCUUUUACUAUCCUUCAAUCCUUAGGGAACACCAAGCAAUUCAUUCUGGAAAGAAACCAUACAGGUGUGAAGAAUGCGGCAAGGACUUCUGUACGCGCUCAGGACGUUCUAGACACCAAAGAAUUCAUACUGGAGAGAAACCCCACAAAUGUGAAGAAUGUGGGAAGGUCUUUUCUACUCAUUCAUACCUUACUCAGCAUAAGGUGGUUCACUCUGGAGAGAAACCCUACAAGUGUGAGGAAUGUGGCAAAAAGUUUUACUAUCCUUCUCGCCUUAAGGAACAUCAAAGAAUUCAUUCUCAAGAGAACCCUUACAAGUGUGAAAUUUGUGGCAGUGUCUUUUGUACUCCCAAAGGACUUUCUAAACACCAGAGAUUCCAUACCGGAGAGAAACCCUACAAGUGUGAGGAAUGUGGAAAGAUGUUUUACUAUCCUUCUCGCCUUAAGGAACAUCAAAGAAUUCAUUCUCAAGAGAACCCUUACAAGUGUGAAAUCUGUGGCAAAGCCUUUUAUACUCACUCAUACCUUACUCAGCACAAAUUAGGUCAUACGGGAGAGAAACCUUACAAGUGUGAGGAAUGUGGCAAGACCUUUUACUAUCCUUCAAUCCUUAAGGAACACCAAGCAAUUCAUUCUGGAAAGAAACCAUACAGGUGUGAAGAAUGCGGCAAGGACUUCUGUACGCGCUCAGGACGUUCUAGACACCAGCGAAUUCAUACUGGAGAGAAACCCUAUAAGUGUGAGCAAUGUGGAAAGGCCUUUUCUACUCAUUCAUACCUUUCACAGCACAAGGUGGUUCACUCUGGAGAGAAACCCUACAAGUGUGAGGAAUGUGGCAGGAUGUUUUACUAUCCUUCUCGCCUUAAGGAACAUCAAAGAAUUCAUUCUCAAGAGAAUUCCUACAAGUGUGAAAUCUGUGGCAAAGUCUUUAGUGCGCACUUAGAACUUGCUACACACCUGAAUAUUCAUUCUGCAGGUGUGUAGGAUGUGGAAAGGCUUUUAACUUAUCCAUCCUUACCUCGACACAAAUUCCUGGAGAGAAAUCUUACCUGUGUAAGGAAUGUGGCAAAAUGUUUUCUGUCCUCCAAACCUUAAACAACACCAACUAACUAGUUCUGGAGGGAAAUCACACAAGUGUGAGGACUGUAGGAAGGUCUUUUGUACUCACUUAGAGCUUUCUAAACAUCAAAAGAAUCAUACUGGUGAGAACGACCACAGAUGUGGAAAAGCUUCUACUAGACUUUUUAUCCUUACCCAGCACAAGGUAAUUCAUUCUAUUCAGAAACACUGUUCGUGGGAAAAUGCUGGAAAAUUUUUAGUCUUCAAUUCUUAAAAAAAUGUCACAGAGUUCAUUCUCAAGAGAGACCCUGCAAGUGUGAGGGGUGUGUCAAAGCCUUUGGUUAUCAUUCAGACCUUAUCCAACUCAAAUGAAUCUAUUGCAGAGAGAAAUCUAACCCUUCUGAAGGAUGUGGCAAGUGCUUUACUAAUAAUCCAACACUUUCUAACCUCCAUAAAAGUUAUACUGGGGAGAAACACUACAAAUGUGAAUGAAUUGACGAGCCUUUUAGAGGCUCUUUAUCGGUUAACACCAAAGUGUUGGUACUGAAGAGCGACCUCACAACAGUAGAGCAUGUUAUGAAGGUUUCAUUUGUCAGUCAGCUCUUGCUGAACAUCAGAGCAUUCACACUCAGGAGAAUCUCUAGAAAAUAUAUGGAAUAUAAGCAGGUGUUUAGUUAUAAUUUGCCACUGCAUAAGCAUGAAAGAAUUAGUACCACAGAAAUGCAAAGAAUGUGGCAAGGCCUUUAGCUGUUUUUCAUACUUUAAUUAUCCUCAGAGACUUCAUACUGGAGAGAAACUACACAUAUAAAUAAUGUGUCAAACCCUUUAAUAAUAUUUCAAAUGUCAGUCAACACCAAAGAAUUCAGUAAGCUUCACUGUUCAACUUCACACCUCUUCAUUUUCUAAGGGAGUCUCAGCUGUGUGGUUGCCCGGAUCUGACUGGCUUACAGAUGUGGCUAUGGGACCCUGGAUGCUGAUUAAUGCCCAGUCCCACCCCUGGGCAGAUGGUCCUGGUGAAUGAGAAUUCUGGCCAAGCAGAAAUCAGAGGGAGCAAGCCAGUAAACAGAAUACUUAAGUUCUUGCCUCAAGAUUUCUCCCUUGAGCUCUUAUCCUGGCCGAACUGGUUUUCGAAUUCCUAAACUGGAGUAAACCCUUUCCUCUCCUAAGUUGUGUCUUAGUCAUGGCAUUAUCACAGCAACAGACAUCAAAGUCACACAGCAGUGGACAUGUAAAGGCUUUUCAAUUUUAUACCUUAAUUAUCAUGUCUUCCUACUGGAGAGAAUGUCACAAUGUCUUUUAGAGUGGAGAAUCAGGCCCCUAGCGUCAGCUAAAAACAUGAGUCCUAUAGCAGAGACUUCCCUUUGCUGUAAUCUACAAACCUGUUUUAGACAAUGUUUUCAGGGUGCAUCAAUUGAUUGUUCUAUAACUACAAAUGUUUCCUGAAAUUGUUACCAUGUUGUCGGUCUGUACCUGGGUAACCUGAAUCUGGAUUCUUGAGCCAUGAUCUUUAUGGCGGAUUUCCCCCUUGGGGUCCCCCAAUUGUUAGUAACUCUUCCCCUUUGGUCUGUAAGAAAACCCAAUAAAUUCACUUUUCUCAUCAAUUUGGGCUGUGGUGAAAUCCUAGGAUCAUUUGUUGUUGGGUCCCUUUGUAGUGACUAAGCAUUCGUUGUGUCUAGAGAUAGGUAACAUGUCAUUCAUAUAUGGCUCCAAAAUAAACAAUGUCUCAUUCCCUUUCA